GGGGAGGGGCUUUCGAGGGAGAACGAGAGGAGAAAGCAAUUGGAGGGACAGAGGGAGGGGACGCGGACAGACGAUAACAUAGUAAACGUGGCGAGGCCAACGCAGGUGAAGACGCGCUCUUUCGACGGAGACAAAGACAAACUCGGAUAUAAAUGCUCCGACUGGCGAGUCGUGAAUAAGAACGGCAUCGAAAGAGGGGAGGAGACGUGGGGUGACGCAGAGGAAAGAUGGAUGUACAGAUGGAGAACGCGGACCCCCCGCCUUGUGAAUCCCAACCAAGUGGAAAAAUAAGAAAAGGAUUCAAGCUGUUUGGUAAACGCAAGCCCGGCAACAUCUUUUCUCUUAAAAACAACAAAUCGCCCGUCACCAGGAGCCAAACCCUCGACGGAUUACCCGAGGGCGCCGCGCCUGACUCCGAGCAUGAGGCGGACAAGGAGAAGGCGCGGGAGGUGAGUCAAGGAGACGGCGAACAUGCGGCGGAAGAGCCGACGGGCGAAGAUGGCGUCCUGGCCGCCGCUCGCAACUCCAUCUCGUCGACCGGUUCGACCAAGACCCUCAGUUUUUUUUCCCGGCUGAGGGGAACCCGCAGAGGAGAGGGGGGCCGCAAAGUCCACACCGUCUGCCAGCCAUCGACUCGACAACGGCAAGGGUUGAAGGGUCUCUUCGGCAGUAUGAAGUUACGCCCGAAAGACGAGGGCGACAAGGUGGACGCUCCCCCGAGCCCACUCCUCAUGUCCUCGCGCUCGAACAGUGUGGAAAUCAUCAAAGAGGACAUCGGCCUCACCCCCAAAUCGCAACCUCGCUCUCUGGAGAGCCCAGACAAAGCGAGCAGCGAGAGCUCCCUGACGCAAGCAGACGACGAGAACAGAACUGAGAAGGACGUGGGACCCGUUCCUGCCGCGGAAGCUCCGGCGGUGCCCGCAGAGAGCAGCCUGGGCUCCUUGCUGGACGACAUCUCCUCGCUCCUCACCUUCGAGUCCAUCUCAGGAGGAGACAUCAUGGCUGACGUCAAGGCCGAGUGGAGCAAAGCCAGAUGCGGCCCCGGCCUGGAAGCACCCGAGCUCUCCGCAUCGCCCACUUUUCCUUCAUCCGGACCUGCCGCCGCUUGUCCUCUGACCUCCACCUCUCGCUCACCGGCGGCUGCCGGCGGUCAUUCCCUGACUGAUGUGACAACCUCAACCUCGUCUUCUGUAGCUACGUCGGUUGCGACCAGUUUUACCAAAUCCUCCACACUGACAACUGGAUCAGUGAAACCAACUUCAGACUUUUCUCCGGCCUCGGAGCAACCUUCUGCCGGGAUUACAAUAAAAUCACCUCAGCCAACCGCAAAUGCAAAACUUUCACCGAGCCCUCCCACAAUGGCCGCCGCUUCAAUCACAAGGCAAACCAUACCGAGCACGACUCCCGUGAACCGGGCAUCUCUGGACAGGACGCAAGAAAGCACUUGUAACUUUGGCGACAUGGCUUCGUCAGACGCAGCAACUCCCCCCGUCCCUUCCCCUUCUCCAACUCUUGCCUCCGUAAGUAAACCUCCCGCUGUAGCUGCAUCCCGUAAACCCGCCCCCCUUAGUCCGUCUUCCCCUGCUACCUGCACUCGACCCGAUAGCAAUGUUCACUCUUCCUCGUCCACCCAACCUCAAAAUGUAGCUCCAAAGGUGGAAACUGCGCCCAGUCCUGUUCAAAGUCACCUUCCUUUCAUUUCCCUCCCCCCAAUCACCGCAACCAUUUCCAAACCCGUACAAACGCCCAACCAACCGCUGUCCAAUAGGAUCUCCGUCACGCCAGAAUCUCCCCAACCUGAGCCGAGCCCGACCGCUUUUACAAGUUUCUCUAUCGCUAAAAAAUCUCCCGUGCCUUUGGAUAGCGCUGUCGUUACACUUUCUAAAGAACUUCGGACAACCGCAGUCCAGAGUCCAGUUCCCACUCUGCCCCCUGUGACUGUAUCGAAAGACCCUCCUGUCCAUGAAUCUUUACUUUCUAGUACUAAAGAUCCUCCUGUUGCUGGGCCAACCUCGACCGCCCUGACCCAUAUUUCCGCGUCAGUGCCCAAAAGCCCUGCCGCUCCAGUCCGGAUUCAACCGAAGUCGCCCGACCUCCCUGCCGCUUCCCUCCUCGCCACUCCCCCCGCGCCUUUGCCAAGCGACACCGCAGCAUCUAACGAGAUGAGCGGCAAUGAGCCGUCGACAAAUGGACGGUUGUCUCGCUCGAGUAGCGCGGAAACACGGACGGUCAAAGCGGAGGAACAGCAUAAUGGCUCACGCACGGAUGUCCCCAAAGAAAGGAGGACGCAAGUAAGGGCGCUUAGCAAAAUACCCGUGGUAGGAGGAGGCCGCGUCGGAAAGCAACCCGUGCGUGACGGCCAACGUACCGAUGACGAUUCAAGCAGGGACCCGCCCACUCCGAUCGAAUACGACGGCCGUCAUUUGGACUUUCAUAGCACGGGGAGCGGAGACAAAGGUUGCGGUGUCGAGGUCCGCGUGGCCACCUUCAAACCCAGCCAGGGGGAAAGUCAACCGCCGCACCAUUCGAAGGCCCCCGCCGGUGCUCCGCGUGACUCCAAGAUCCCCGUCAAGCACGGUGCGCAGUCUCCACCCGCAUCCCAAACCCCUCAAGCGAAAGAAAUCCCUCGCACCAAGAUACCCGUCUCCAGAGUCCCGGUUCGCAGGGUGGCUAAUAAACCUGCAACUGCCGGUGCCGUGAGAAAAUAAUAAGGUACUGUGACACGCCAUGCCCGUUCUCCAAAGACUGCAACCGUAUUCCCCCCCUUUAACGUCAACGUUCAUUGUCACCAACCGGCUUCACAAGACCACAAACUACAGGAAGGAACAGAAAUUAAGCACAAACAUCUAAAACACAAAGUCGCAGAAGGGUCAGGAUCAAAUCUGAGCUAUAAAUCAAGAUAAAAAGUUCCCUUAUAAUGCCCACACACAAAACACAAGUUGGACCGGUGCCUUUUUUGAAAGGUUUCUUUUCCUACAGGUUUCAAUUCAGUCUUUUCUACACUCUUUUCAACUUUUGUUACACAGACGUUUUGUAGAGGCCGUCCAAAACCUUCGAUUUUCUUUCCGGGACCACUCUUGUUUCUAUCGAGAAACCACGCAGCUCCUAAUAUACAUUCCGCACCUAGCUGGGGAUCGACCGCAUGUAGCAGAAAACGUGCCGUUUUAUAUUUGCACUCGUCCAAUGUACAUACUCUUAUGUGUUUGCCUGCUCCUAUAUAAUGAUGGGUUGAUCACGUGGCGAACAAAGGGAGAGACUGGGACUUUGAAACAGGGACGGAAAGGACUCGGCCGCCAUUAACGGCUGGCUCCGCGGACGUUUUGAGAGGAUGCAGUGAUGUGUUUUUGCAGUUUGUAUAUUGACACAUAUCCUCAUCCUGCUUCUGCUCAAUCUGUGUGCAUAUAGUCUGACCGAUGUCGUUUCCUAUUUAAUCAAUAAAAUGAGAUGUGUACUUGGUCA